UGAGACCGGCACCGCCCGAUUGAUCACGUUUUUACCCCCUUUUCUCUUGGAUCUAUUCUUUCCUAUGAGCAGAGCAGAGCCCGUUUCUCUUUCACCGCCUCACGCCGCCGCAUAAAGUAGAGGGGAUCCACCGUCUUCCCAGUUCCGCCACCCUGCGUUUUCUCCAACCAUUUGUGUGGAGUGCUUCAUGUUAUAUAUAUUCACAUUACAUUUCUUCUCUUCGAAGAAAAACCCUAGUCGCUGGCCAUGGCGGAUGUGAACAAUGUCAAGAUUAGCAAAGGGGAGGCAAUACUAAACAAGAAUAUCCCUGAGGAUAUCAUUCCGGACAUACUUUCGAGGAUUCCGGUCAAGCCUCUUCUAAGAUUCAGGUGCGUAUGCAAAUCAUGGUGUGCUCUUAUAAUCGAUCCUGCUUUUGUAAAAAUGCAUCUCAGCCGAUCCCUUUCAAGCAACAACUACGUCGGCCUCAUUUUGAGUAACGGCUUUUUCUAUGCCGUCGACUUAGAUUCUUCCGAACCACAAGCGUUGGUACAACUCGAUCAUCAGCCUGACAAGUUUCAAAACUAUGUAACCGAUAUAGUGGGUUCUUGCAACGGCUUACUCUGUGUAUACAAUAAUGACCAUGAGGAGGACAUAUUCCUCUGGAAUCCUUCUACCAGAAGGCAUCAAAAACUACCCAUUAAUCCUAUAAAGUCUUCUUCCCUCGCACAGUUCGUUGUUUACGGAUUCGGUUACGAACCCAUCACUGACGAUUACAAGGUUGUGAGGGUUGUAGAUUCUUUUAGUAAAGAGGUAGAGGUGAACGUCUACUCACUUAGCACUAAUUCAUGGAGAAGGGUUGGAGACAUGCCUGUCCACAUAAACGCGGAAGGCGACCAUUACGUGUCUGGGGUUCUUGUAAAUUCUGCUCUUCAUUGGAUUGCAAAGGGCAAGACGCCCUAUAUUAUCAUUUCCUUUGACCUUCAAGAUGAGAAGUAUCGAGAGGUAGCACUGCCCGACUCUGUGGACGAUAAAAUUUUCAUGACUCUUGGGGUUCUUGGAGGACAACUCUGCGUAGUCUGUGAGUUCUGGAGUCUUGAGUUUUGGGUGAUGAAGGAUUAUGGCGUGAGGGACUCUUGGGUGAAACAGUUCUCGAUGGAAGAACACCCGCUCGUAAACUCUGCGUUCAUCAGGCCUAUAUGCUAUUCAAAGAAUGGUGAAGUUAUACUCGAGGUGGAUAUAGAUGUGCUGGUAGCGUAUGAUCCCCAUAGACGAAGGUCUAGGGAUCUUAUUAGUGUUCAAGAUGGGAUUCAAACAGAGAUCUACAUUGGGAGUCUCGUUCCAGUCAAUGCCAAAGAUGGUACUGAAGAAGCAGGAACAAAAAAAGAAGAGGUAGCAGAGGAAGAAAAAGAAUAGGGAGUAGAGAAUUAAUCCAAGGAGAGUCUGAAGAUGUUUUUCUGGAUGACCUUCCAGAUCGAAGAAUAGCAAGUUGUUGGCGCCCUUCACAAUUUAUGUAUGUAU